AUGGCCAACUUCCAAUCUUCUAUCCUGGUCUUUGUGGCCCAUAUCAUACUUCUUCUCGGUCUCCCGACUGCCCUGGUUGGCGCGGUGCCCGUGACGCCGAACACCCGCGAACUCGCGAUUUCUGGGCGCUCUUCCUCCACCUACUGGGUUGGUGAUAUCAAACGUCAGGGUACGGCGCCUUUCGGUCAUGGCAGCGAUUACAAGGUUUACCGUAACGUUAUGGAUUUCGGUGCCAAGGGUGAUGGAUCCACCGAUGACACAGCUGCUAUCAACAAGGCAAUCUCUUCUGGAAACCGCUGUGGAAAGGACUGCGAUUCUUCAACCACCACCCCAGCUCUUGUGUACUUUCCCCCCGGUACAUACGUUGUCUCGAAGCCCAUCGUUCAGUACUACUACACACAGAUUGUCGGUGAUGCUGUCGACCUGCCCGUGAUCAAGGCUUCUGCCGACUUUGCUGGUAUGGCUGUUAUCGAUGCUGAUCCCUAUAACGACGAUGGUAGCAACUGGUACACCAAUCAGAACAACUUCUUUCGUGCCGUUCGCAACCUGGUCAUUGAUUUGACUGCCAUGCCCAAGGGCUCCGGCGCUGGUAUUCACUGGCAGGUCGGGCAGGCCACUAGUUUGCAGAACAUCCGCUUCGAGAUGAUCAAGGGCGGUGGUGCUGCCAACAAGCAGCAGGGUAUCUUCAUGGACAACGGUUCUGGUGGUUUCAUGUCUGACCUUACUUUCAACGGUGGUAACUACGGCAUGUUCCUCGGCAAUCAGCAGUUCACUACCCGUAACUUGAAGUUCAAUGGCUGCCAGACUGCUAUUUUCAUGAACUGGAACUGGGCCUGGACCUUCAAGUCUCUGGAGAUCAACAACUGCGAAGUCGGUUUGAAUAUGUCCACCUCGCCUUCUAACCAGACUGUCGGCUCCGUCAUGAUGCUGGACAGCAAGCUUACCAACACCCCUAUUGGUAUCGUCACUGCCUGGAGCAAGGCGAGCAUUCCCAUUGGCGGUGGUACCCUCAUCCUGGAUAAUGUUGACUUCUCCGGCUCUACAACCGCCGUGGAGGAUAUUGAUGGCAGCAGCCUCCUCGCCGGUGGUUCAACCGUGGCCAACUGGGUUCAGGGUAACACCUAUGCUCCCUCUUCCGCUGCUAACAAGCGUGCUUACACCCCCGAUCAAGAGGAUGACUCUGACACUGUCACCAUUGUCGAGACCGUUGUCCAGACAGUCCAGGCCUGCCCUGCUUCAGACAGUGGCUCUGUUGCUUCCACUCUUGCUACCAAUGCGCCUGCUCACAGUGUUGGGUCUUCUACUGAGGCCAGGAUCACUCCUGCUCUGCCCACUGACUCUGACACCGCCUAUCGCUCUAUUGUCUCCAAUACCGAUGUGACUGGUCUCCCUGGCUUCGACAACAGCUGGCUGUCCAUCUUCGAGGGAUCCUCUGACUCCGUCGAGGUUCCCGUUCCCUCUUCCAUGGUCGACACCAGUGGCUCUACGGCUGAAGCAGCUUCUGUUCCUGCUGCCACCUCGUCUGCCGUUCCUGCUGCCACAUCGUCUGCCGUUCCUGCUGAAGUCUCUUCUCCUGCCCCCUCUGAAGCCCCUCUCACUCAGACCCCGUCGCAGUCGGAGUCUACUCUUGCCCCUGCUACCGUGUCUUCCACUUCGAGCGCCCCCGCAUCCCAGUCCAGCGAUACCACCUCCGGCAGCUCCAGUAGCAGCGAGGGUACUUGCAGUGCCAACCAGGCUAUUAGCAAGGGCCGCACCCAGAGCACCAUGAAGUCUCAGUCUAUGCCCUCCUCCCUCCUCAAGGAUGGCGCUGUCUUCGAGAAGUCCAAGCCCCUGUACGCGGACUUGCCCGCCUCGUCCUUCAUCAGCGUCAAGUCUGCUGGUGCCAAGGGUGACGGUACUACUGAUGACACUGAGGCUCUCCAGAAGGUCCUUGACAGUGCUACCGCCGACCAGGUUGUGUACUUCGACCACGGUGCCUACGUCAUCACCGAUACCCUCAAGGUGCCUAAGAACAUCAAGAUCACUGGUGAGGUCUGGCCCAUGAUCAUGGCCCACGGCGACAAGUUCCAGAACGCCAAGGAGCCCGUUGCCGCUAUGCAAAUCGGUCAGAAGGGUGACGUUGGUUCUGUCGAGAUGAGCGACCUUGUCAUUACAACUAAGGGUUCUUGCCGCGGCGCUAUUCUCAUGGAAUGGAACGUCGCUGCUGAGACCCAGGGUUCCGCUGGUAUGUGGGAUGUCCACAUCCGCAUUGGUGGUAGUGCUGGCACUGAGCUGCAGAGCGACACUUGCAAGAAGACCCCCGAUGUGAAGACCCGGCCCAAGGCCGAGUGCAUUGCUGCGUUCAUGCUCCUCCACGUCACUGAGAAGGCCUCGGCCUAUCUUGAGAAUACCUGGAUGUGGACUGCUGACCAUGAGCUUGACCUGUCAGACCACUCCCAGGUCGAUAUUUACACCGGCCGUGGUAUUCUCAUUGAGUCUCAAGGCCCCGUCUGGCUUUGGGGGACCGCCUCGGAGCACCACCAGCUGUACAACUACCAAGUGUCCAGUGCCAAGGACGUCUUCAUGGGUCUCAUCCAAUCCGAGACACCUUACUACCAGUCAAACCCCUCUGCUUUGACCCCCUUCACCCCCCAGUCUGCCUGGAACGACCCCGACUUCAAGACCUGCACCACCGCCUCCUGCCGCAAGUCCUGGGGCCUGCGUGUCCUGAACUCAUCUGACCUCUUCGUCUAUGGCGCUGGCCUGUAUAGCUUCUUCGAGAACUAUGCCCAGACAUGCCUCAACACCGAAGACUGUCAAGAGAAUAUGGUCGAAGUGGACUGCUCCGACGUGCAUAUCUACGGCCUGAGCACCAAGGCCGCCGUAAAUAUGGUCACCUCAUCAUCCGGCAAGAGCAUGGUUCUGGAGAAAGACAACACAAGCAACUUCUGCUCAACUAUUGCCCUCUUCGAGCAGACAAUCUAG